UUUCACACUCUCCCGAUUCAUCAUAUUUAUCACUACAAAGACUCGGAGCUAUGAACAGAAUCAUAUCAUCACAAAGAUCAGACUUGAUCGAACACAAACUCUCUCAACACACUUCUUUCUUCGGCAUCAAGCUAUGGAUCCUCAUCACAGCUUCUGCCUCCAUAGCUUUCCUCUUAGCAUUCAUUGUUCUUGUUUCCUUAUGUUUCAUCUUCCACAGGAGAAGAUGUAGACAAGAGCCAUUCAGACUAAGAUCAAAACUUUGUCUCCCUUUGUCACACAUUCCCUUAAACAAAGAGAGACGAUAUAACCGUUGCCCCGAGUAUAUAGAGAGCGGGAGAAUCUCCUCUCAGGUUGGAUGGUCCUCUGCUCAUCUUCCCUACUACACCAGAAGCUUCUCCUCUACCACCACCAGCUUUGGAAGCUUCACAGUGUUUACGUUCAUGGAGAUCGAGAGUGUUACAGAUGGUUUUGCAGACGAGAAUCUGAUUGCUAGAGGAGAUUCUUCAAUGGUGUAUCGUGGAAUCUUGAUGGGUACAGUCAUUGUUGCUGUCAAACGGUUCUUCCCCAUAUAUCAAAGGUAUGAGGAUUAUGACUUCAUAACAAGAGCUGAGAUGAUUGCAAACGUUAGACAUAAGAAUGUUGUGAGACUCCUUGGAUACUGCAUUGAAGGAGACGAGAGGGUUCUUGUGUACGAGUAUGCAGAGAAAGGCGAUUUGCACGAAUGGAUUCAUGGAUCUUCGGGGAGAAACCUACCUCUGACAUGGAGUAAGAGGAUGAAGAUCAUUCAAGGAGUAGCAAAAGGACUCGCGUAUUUUCAUGAAGACAUUGAACCAAGGAUCACUCAUCAAUACAUAAGACCGAGCAAGAUUCUUCUUGAUUAUCAAUGGAACCCUAAGAUAAUACUAGCUAUCCCAAGUCACAAUGAUAGUCCAAUGGUCUCAGCUUUUGUUCCUUCACCUAAUAAUCUGGAUGAGAAAAUCGACAUCCAUUGCUUCGGGACUUUGAUAAUGGAGCUUGUCUCCGGGCGAGUCUGUGAAGACCAAAGCUCACCACAUGUCUAUCUGGUGGACUGGAUCAAAGAGAUGGUGGUGAAUCAUAAGAUAGUAGAUGUUCUUGAUCCUAGCCUCCCGGAGUUUCCAACAUUAUUAAAAGAACUCAAACGGAUUGUCUUGAUUGCCUUGCGCUGUGUCGAUCCUGAAAUAAAACAGAGACCCAAAAUGGGAGAUGUGAUUCACAUGCUCCAGCCACAUGACUUGCUGCUGAGUAGUAAUGCAAUACGUAAUCCUCAGAAGGUUACCAGGUCACGCGAGGUCUCUACAAUCAGUUUCAUCGGAACAUGAAUCCUAAGGCAACAAUAAAUGAUUACUAUUUUUAAAGUUACCAUGUCAUAUGGAAGCAUAUAAACGACA